GCGAGGAUCCCUGGAAUGAAUGAAAUAUGUAACAAGUGCAGAUUCUCAAAUGCUAUGUUUCUCGCCCAAAAACUCUUUCCCGAGAUUGUAGAUUUUUGGCCCAAGUCAUGGGUGCUGCCAAGUCAAUACAAGGAAUUGAAGAGCACGAUGAAAGGCAGUCGUUUGACAUUCAUCGUCAAACCCGGAGACGGCGCGAAGGGAGAAGGAAUUUUCAUAGCGUUGGGGUAUGAUGAUCUUUUUCGAAGGCUUGAAGAUCAUCAGAAGAAGUUCAACAACCUGGAUGUUGUCGUUCAGGUCUAUCUGGAGCAACCGAUGCUGUUGAAAGGAGGAUACAAGUUCGACCUUCGAAUCUAUGCCUUGAUACAAUCGGUUUCUCCUUUGCGAGUCUAUGUUUGUCGUGAAGGUCUUGCGAGGCUUUGCACUCUGCCUUACAAAGCUCCUUCACAAAACAAUGUGAAUCAAGUUAUGGGGCAUUUGACUAACUACAGCUUGAACAAACAGAGCGACAACUACGUGUGGAGUAAAUACGAUCAAGAUGAGGCCGGGUCUAAAAGAACCAUAUCAGCAGCUUUUGCGGAGCUGAAGAGGAUGGGGUUCGAUGUGGAUCAGAUAUGGCGACGGAUAGACAGGCUGGUGCAUGUGACUUUCCUAGCAGUGCAGCCCAUGCUGCUGGCUUCUUCACUACAGCUGAUGCAGGAACAUGGCGUGCCGAGGCGAUGGGGCUAUGAUGGGGGAGCUGGUUGCUUCCACAUUGUGGGGGUUGACGUGAUGCUGGAUAAAGACGGGAACCCAUACCUGCUAGAGCUGAACGCUAGUCCCCGGCAGGCGAUUGAA